AUGACAAGAAAAACCCCUGCCCGAAACUUCUUUGUCAAGGUCUUGGCUUUAAGAAAGGAAUCAAAAAUUGAUGCCUGUAACCAAUUAGGUCAAAAGCCAGAAAUUGUCGAAGGAGAUAUUGAAUUUCAAAAUGUUCAUUUCACAUUUCCUGCAAGAAAGGAUGCUCCUAUUUUAAAUGACAUCAGCAUAAAGAUUCCAGCAAAGAAAACAAUUGCUCUUGUCGGCGCCUCAGGGUGUGGAAAAAGUACAAUUAUUCAACUACUUCAAAGGUUCUAUGAUCCGGAUCACGGUAAGAUAUUGCUUGACGGUCGUGACAUUCGUACACUGAAUGUUGCUUGGCUGCGGACACAUAUCGGCAUUGUUUCACAAGAACCUGCUCUGUUCACUGGAUCAAUAGAAGAAAACAUCAGAUUUGGAAAAAUGGAUGCUUCGGAUAAUGAAGUGAUUGCAGCAGCAAAAAUGGCUAAUGCUCAUGACUUUAUUAUGGAAUUACCUGAAAAUUACAAGACAAUAUCGAGUGACAAGCUAUCAGGCGGACAAAAACAGCGCGGUAGAGAUUUUAAUUUAAGUAGAAAUUUCGCGCAUCGUUUAUCGACAAUAAGAAAUGUUGAUCUUAUUUUAACUCUGGAAAAUGGACGUGUUGUAGAGUACGGCACACAUAACGAAUUAAUGCAGGAGAAAGGACUUUAUUAUAAACUUGUAACAGCGCAACAACAAAGUGAAAUUGACAAGAACGAUGAAGAUAGUGAUGUUGAAAUCGACCCCGAAGAAGAAGAGCAAAUGAUUCGACGAGCAUCUGGUAACGUAUCUGCAUCUGAUGUCUUAGUUGACAUUAGAGUUAAUUUGCGUUUGUUACUACUCAAGCUUCGAAAUUCUUCUAUCGAAUGA